AACCUUGUAUACACAAGAACUAUUCAAAAGUAAAUAGAUUAUAUAAUCACCUGACCGCAUAUUUCCGAUCGUACGUUGAUAUAAAUGCGGGUAAAUAAACGGAAAAAAAAAAUCGAAAAGAGAGACUCUCAUCAACUAAUAGGUUCAUUCUAUAUCUAAACAGCAUUUGAUUUCAAUCAUGUCUGAACAAUCUGGUGCUACACCACAAAGUGGUUCUCCUCAACAAACAGGAAUACCAAAGGAAAAUCAGCUAAAAAAAGACCCUGAAAUCCAAACUUUAGAAGAAGAUGAUGAGUUUGAGGAUUUUGCCAUUGAAGAUUGGGAAGAAGAUCAGACAUUAGGCGCUGAAGGCGAAAACCAAUUAUGGGAUCAAGAUUGGGAUGAUGAUGAUGUAGGUGAUGAUUUUAGCGAACAAUUAAAGAAAGAAUUGACGCGUAACAGAUGAAAUGCAAAUAUAUACUGUUGAGAUUCAAAUUAGCGUUUGGGGUUAUGGUUUAUAAAUCCAGUCGACCUUUUAAUAUAUGUUUUUCUCUUUUUUUCUUUGAUAUAUUUGUUACACUUUGUGUUCAGGUUUUUUUAUUUGUAUUUUAUGCGUGUGCUUUUAUGGUUCUAGAUUUGAAUAGCUAAAUAUUUCAAGUCAGGUAGAGAAAGAUUCUCUAGUUUUUAAUAAAUAAAAUAUCCAUAAAUUCAGUAUAUAAUAGAAAACCAUAAAUAAAACAUACUUGUCUCGAUAAUGACACUUAAAAAAAUUUCAAAAAUAAGAAUGAAUAAAAAACAAAGAAAUAUAAUAGUGAUAUUAA